GGCUGGAGCUAUCCAGUAUCAAGUGUGUUUGUAUUUGCUCAACCAGGGUUUUAUCUGUGCUGAUGAAUUCCACUGGUUGGAAACUUGCUUCCCCUGGAAACCAUUACAAUUCUGUCCUCAAAAACGGCCUAAAAUGCUUGUCCUGCAGCUUGUCCCUCUGGUCCUUAAAUCCCUGUUAAUGCUUCCCCUGUGCCUGCAUUUUGUCCUCCUGUGGUUCUGCUGAGGUCAGACUUCCCUUUUGUUUUCUUUCCCUUCUGCCUUCCGCUAACGAGACAUUUUUAUGAUUCUUCAGCAUUCUGGGUGCUUUUGUGGAGUGCAGGUUAAAAGUACAGGCUGUUAAUGCAACAAGUGCUGCCAUGCUGUCUGUCUGCAAAUGCCCUAUGGGAGCAAACUGGGGCAUCUCCCAGCAUGUCCCUCCUGCCCUGUCCAGCUAAUCCCUGCGCAGCCUCUUGCCCCUCACUGCAGUGUUUGUUCCCAGUGUUUGCCAGGACUGUGCCAUUGGGAAAGGGGGUGUCUGGGAGGGCGAAUGUGGAGGCUGGGCUGGAUUUCUGUCCUUCCCUGGGCAGUGGAGUGUCUGGUGCACUUUGAUCCCUGGAGGGAGGCUUGGCAGAGGCAGCUGGUGCCCUGCCCAAGCUGGGAACAGGCUCCACAGCAGCCUUCACUGUGUUCCUGGUGGGACAGAGGGUGGGAGCCUGUGGGUCAGGAUGAGGCCUCUGCUCUGGGCUGCCUGCAGCCAGCUGCUGCCCCGGGGGGCUGGGCUCUGUGCUCCCAAGCUGGCUGGGACCACUGUGGUGACCUCCUCACACCACAGCCUGCAGCCCUCGACCCUUCUGGCCACCUCCAGCUCCCCAGCCAGCGCAUCUGCAGGGUUCCUGCAGCCCCCGGUCCCAGGGAGCAGAGCCCCCAGCUGCUGGAGCUCGGGGUUCAAUGUGCCCCCCAGUGCCCAGCUGGUGGCCCGGCCUGCGGGGGUCUGCUCCAUGAUGAAGCUUCCCGUGCAGGCGUCAGCAGAGGGGCUGGACGUGGCGUUUGUCGGUGUUCCGCUGGACACGGGCACAUCCAACCGGCCAGGAGCCAGGUUCGGGCCGCGCCAGAUCCGCGCCGAGUCCGCCAUGCUGCGGAGGUUCCACGGCAGCACCGGCGCGGCGCCGUUCGACUCGCUGCGCGUGGCCGACAUCGGCGACGUGAACGUCAACCUCUACAACCUGCCCGGCAGCUGCCGCCUCAUCCGCCGCUCCUACCAGCGCAUCGUGGCCUCUGGCUGCGUGCCCCUCACCUUGGGUGGAGAUCACACCAUUACAUACCCAAUCCUGCAGGCCCUGGCGGAAAAGCACGGUCCCGUGGGCCUGGUGCACGUGGACGCUCACACCGACACCGGGGCCGGGGCUCUGGGGGAGAAGAUCUACCACGGCAGCACGUUCCGGCGCUGCGCGCAGGAGGGGCUGCUGGACUGCGCCCGCGUGGUUCAGAUCGGCAUCCGAGGCUCCUCCUACGAGCCCGACCCCCACAAGUACAGCCGGGAGCAGGGUUUCCGGGUGGUCCUGGCUGAGGAGUGCUGGAUGAAGUCCCUGGAGCCGCUGAUGAGGGAGGUGAGGGUGCAGCUGGGGGACAAGCCGAUGUACAUCAGCUUCGACAUCGACGGGCUGGACCCCGCCUACGCCCCGGGCACGGGCACCCCGGAGAUAGCCGGGCUCACACCCGCGCAGGCUUUGGAGAUUAUUCGUGGCUGCAAAGGCCUGAACAUAGUGGGGUGUGACCUUGUGGAAGUUGCACCCAUGUACGAUGUCUCUGGCAAUACAGCCCUUCUGGGGGCAAACCUACUCUUUGAGAUGCUGUGUGUCCUCCCAGGAGUGAAAACACUCUGAGGGGCAGUUCCCACCGACCCUGGGACAACGCUACUUUGUGUCCUCAGCCAGGCUUUCCAUGUCCCCUUCCCUUCAGCCAGCUGCAGCCAGCAUGAAAUAAACGCCAUUUACCACUAGAAAAGGUUCUUUUAAGCUGGGAAACUGUGGGGAACAGGCUAGACAUCCCAUCUAACUGGGGUCUGGAGCUUUGGAGUUAGCCUGGGAAAGGGAGAGAUGAAACUAAUGCCGUUUUGCUUCUGGAAUGAUUCACCCAGCUCACAGGGCUCCUGGAAAAACUGUCACUGGUAAAAGGUUUGUCCCAUUAGGACGUUGCAGGAUAAUGAAUUGUAGAAAAAGGGAGGACAUGAGCCUCCUGCUGAGAGUAGAGAGAGAUUUCACUAGAUUUCCUGCUGGUGGAAUAACCAGACGUUUCACAUGGUAGGAGCAGUUUAACACUCCUGAAAUUUCUCAGAGGACAUGGAGGUGAGGUUAGUUUGUACAUGGAGACAAGAGCCACCUCAUCACACAUUAAAAUAGUUUAUUUUGGUUGCAAACCUGUAAUUGUCUUAAAACAAAAUGACAUCAGUGCCUGUUCACAAAUACAAAAACAAAACAAACAAAAAAGCCCAAAACAAAAAAACCCCAACCAAACAAAAAUCCCCCAAAAUAAAAAAAAAAAAGACAAGUUUGCCAAAUAAGUUAAUUCCCCCCCUCCCAGUAUCAAAAGUGCAAAAUAGGUACCUAGUUCUCAGUCCUACUGGUCAGGCUGUGCUUGUGUCCUGGCUCCUGGUUGCUCUGGGUGAAGGGCAGACAGGGACAGGGAGGAGUUUGGAAACAACCUCCACUCUGGGGCCUGUAUCCCUUUGCCUCAGCUCUGAGCACUGUGCCAUCACUCAGAUGUCACUAGGAAAGUGCACUAGGACCAAAUCUCCUCAAUCUUUGGAUUACAAAUCACCACGUGUGGAACAGAAUCACUCAGGUGUUUGGAAGGUGAUGGGGGUGGCUGCUGGGAGAGGGCAGAUCCUGGAAAAGCAGCUCUGACUGUGGUCUCAAGACAGCAAACACCUGCAGUGCCAUGCUGGCACUGCAGCCAACUAAACCAGGGGGCAGAGCAGCUUGACUCUUGCUUCAACCCAGGCAAAAAAAUUCCAUAAAAAUCCAGGAGCUGUGCUCCUGUCCAGCCACAGCUGGCACAGGUAGACUGAUGCAAGCACUCCCUCAGUUCAGCUCUGGCUGAAAGGGGAGGUUACCUGUGCUAAAAAGAAAAUAAACCCAAGGAUUCUGGCAGCAUGUAACACACAAUGGAUGUGAAGGCCAUAGAGCCUUCUCCCCUUCCUCAGGGUUGGGCUGAAUUCCCUUGCUAUAGCAUAACUAGGCACUUUUUUCAUGAGUUGAGAGUUUUCUCCUUGUUUCUGAUCAGCUGAAGAGACAGCAGAGAUCCAGAGAGCAUUCUUCUGCUACUGCAAAUGUUUAAGACAUUAUGUGGAGCCUUCUGCUGGGCUAAAAUCUAUUCCAGCCACAUCCUGCAUGGCAAGCUGUGGGAAAAGUGCAGGAAUGCUGUGGUGAUUGCUCCAGCCCGGUGGAAAUAAAAGUGUAGAAGCAGCAGGCUGGUGUUUCACUCCCUCUCUGCUCUCUGUCAGUGCUGCCUGUGCACCUUCACAGGAGCUUCACAGGAGCUCCUGGGUAGGGAGAAGACCUCACCUUCCUUCCCUCUACUUUAGUGCCUCACUCUGCAGCCCAGAGUGCACUGGGCUGGAAUUAACUACCCUCACAUAGGGACGGUUUGUAGCAUCGCAGCCUUUAUUUGAACCACGUUUUACAGGGGAUCUGAGGUACCUGUGGGAGUUGGAGCAUGCCAGGCUGCUCUCAGGAUGGGGAAAUGCAAUGAGGCAAGGCUUUAGGAGCAAUUAGGGCAUGUAGGGAGUGCAGUGAAUGGAGUAUUCCCUCUGUGCAGGAUCAGCAGCGAGCUCGGGGGUUGGCAGUUAUUCCUAUGAGUGGCUGCUCUGCUAAGAUGGUAACUAAGGUGGCAAGGGCUGAGUCUGGAAUUAACACCACGUGUUCACUGAGUGCUCUGUGUUCCAAACCCUGUGGCAAAGGCCACUGGCCCCUAUCCCUGUGCUUUGGCAGUGCCACAGCCUGAUGGUGCCACAGGGCUCCAGAUCCACAGGAGGAGGAGGCCUGGGUGCCAGUGUCAGCCCUGGAGCAGCGGAAAGGAAGAACAAAGCUCACAGGAUUUCAGUCCUGGCCACAAAGAGAAGCCCUGCUGCCUCACUUGGUCAUUUCAGUGUUAAGCAGCCAUGAGGCUGCUGCUUGUCCUCCCUCUGCCUCACCCAGGGCCACCCUUUCUUUCCCUGUGGUGUUGGAAGCAGCUGUUGGGGCACUGCUACAGCAAAGCACAGUCCAAAACCAGGACUGUGCAGCUGCUCUAACCUUAUACACCCCCCACUGCUUCCAAAAGAUGAAAUAAAUACCCAAACAAACAAACACAAAGCCAAGGGAGCAGCCUGAGUGUGGAGAAAUGGAGGUUUGGGGCAAGAAGGAAAUGGGUGAGAGGCUGAAACCCAACAGCUCAACCCCCGACUAAACCAAAGGAGCUUCACACGCACGCAACAGUCUGAUGAUACAGCACUUCUGGGGCAACAUUUCAAGAAUACAAUCUUUGAAGGAUGAGGUUCCUCGAUACAAAGGAAGGUUGGUUUGUACUACAGCUGGAAAGGUGUUUGCAAGGAGCCCGGGUGGCUCCCUGGCAGCUACGUAGAUUUUUACACAUCUACUGGCUCAUAGCAGCUCACGCCUACAAUCUGAGGACGCAGGUAAAGUUAUGGCUCUAGGAUACACAGUCUAAAAUCGACAGAAGCAGAAAAGGCAUCUGAAAAAUCAACGUGACAUUUAAAUGGCUCAACACUUUGACAGUAUUUUACGGCCAUGCCCUUUCCCUCCCUGUUAUGGUUCAGCCAGUGAACCAGGUGGAACCAUGACACGAGGAGCACGAAGCAUGCAGACUGCCCACAAGGCUGCACCACGGGGAAGUCCCAGCUAAGGUUUGCUACAAGGGAGAUCCUCCUGACUGGAUUCUGCAUCACUUACCAUGGGGAAAGCCGACUGCCUGGUGGGAGGAGGCCUUUUGGAAGGGCAGGGCCUGGAGGGUCUGCAGGGUCUUGCCAGAGUUACACCAUGCACCAUGGGCUAAGCACACGGGGACGGGGAGGGAGAAGCGCGACCCGCCUGCGGCACCGGCUGCGGC